AUGCAUUUGGCAGCCAGCUUGAAGGAACGGCAGGGACUCGGGACGCUGAGGAUCCGAAAAAAGGACGACACGGGUUUCAGGAGGGCGGAGAGCGUCGCAGAAGAAGGCGAGGAGGAGAAAGACGAAGAAGGAGAAGAGAACACGCUACCAAGUAAGGGCCAGGAAUCAAAAGCGAGCAAGCGAAUGACUGUCGUUCUGGGUGGGGAAAUGCCCGAGGACCAGGAGGAGAGUGAAGAUGGAUCAGACGCUACAGAUGAGGGCGUUGAACAAGAAGAGCCAUAUCUCGGUGAAGGAGGCGAGCAAGAAGCAGAAGCAGAAACAAUACCAGUGGAUGCCUUUUCGGAAACGGACGCGGUGGACGACGAUGUGGUGACAGAGACAGCCCCUGGAGAAGCAAAAGCGGCACCGGCGAGCGAGGAAUCAAAGGACAUGCUCGCUAGCAUCGCGUCGCUGAGAGCCAGCAAAAAGACCGAGGACCUGGGAAAGGGGAUCAGCCAGGGGCGACAGGAUUCCGAAGAAGAGGACGAAGACGAAGACGAGGAAGAGGAGGAAGAGCCAACACUCAAAUACUCGAGACUAACGGGAAGCGUGCCGGACAUUCUUAAGAAGGACUCAGCCAGUGCUCUAGCUGUAUCGGACAGAUUUCUGGCACUUGGUACCCAUGCUGGCUCCAUCUACAUCCUCGACGAGCAAGGAAACCUCAUCAAGGGCUUUCGUUCGCACUCUGCUAGCGUACUUGACAUCGCUAUCGAUUCAACCGCAGAAUUCGUCGGCAGUGCUGGCAUGGAUGGCCUCGUGUCGAUCUCGGCCCUCUCUUCGUCAGAGAGCUACGUCUUCGAUAUGAAGCGGCCUACGAGGACGAUAGCGUUGGAGCCCGGAUUUGGACGACGAUCGAGUCGUGCUUUUGUGUGCGGUGGCAUGGCGGGCCAACUCAUUAUGCGCGAGAAGAGCUGGUUUGGCCAUCGAGAGUCGGUGCUUCACGAGGGCGAAGGCCCAGUCUGGAUCGUUCGAUGGCAAGGCAGGCUCGUUGCGUGGGCCAAUGAGAGAGGCGUUCGCAUUUAUGACACGGCAAACAAGCAGAGAAUCACUUUUAUCGCUCCACCCUCGGACAAGCCAAGGGCGGAUCUCUUUCGCUGUAGCCUGCUUUGGCAAGAUGACAAUACCCUGCUGGUCGCCUGGGCGGACCACAUCAAAAAUGCCAAAGUCAAGGAACGGACCAAGAAGUCGAGUGCGAUCACAGCGCCAACGGCGAGCCCUCAACUCUUCGUCGAAAUCACGACAAUUCUGCAGCUCGAUUGCAUGAUCAGUGGCAUCGCCCCCAGAGGUAUCGACUUCUUGGUUCUAGCUUACAUCACGGAAGAUCACUACGACGAGAACGGUGAUAACUCUGUCGAGGAUCGGACUGCCCAGAGGAGAAGAGAAGGCCUCCGUCCAGAAAUGCGGCUCAUCAGUCACGAUGGCGAAGAGUUGAGCAGCGACGUUCUCGGCAUGCAGAGUUUCGCGCGAUUUCAAUGCAACGACUACCUUCUCGUGCCCUCUGCAGACGCCACCGCUGCUGCUGCAGCCCAGCUCUCGAACGCUAACUCCUCGAAAAGACAACAGACCUCAGAAGACGACAAACACAACUACUUUUACGUCGUCAGCCCAAAGGAUAUCGUCAUUGCACGGCCCAGAGACCAGAAAGAUCACGUCGAAUGGCUUCUCCAGCACAAAUACUACGAAGAGGCGCUCAUCUGCGUGGAAGCGAUGCCGAAAGAUGAGGCUAAGAAAGCGCAUUUCGAUGCUUCGGAGAUCGGCCGCAAAUACCUGGCUUACCUGAUAGAGGAGGCCAGAGACUUCGAAAAAGCCGCCAGGGUAGCGACGAAUAUUCUUGGCCAGAAUGUCCAGGCGUGGGAAGACUGGAUCUUUCUCUUCGUCGAACGUAAUCAGCUCGACGUCAUCAUUCCAUAUGUGCCCACUGAUGCGCCUCGACUCACCGGAGUGGUCUAUGACAUGGUGUUAGCCCACUUCCUUCGGACUGAUCCGGUCAUGCUUCUCGAGACGAUCAAGAAGUGGCCCGUCGACAUCUACAGCACAAAAGCCGUGGUCUUGGCAAUCGAAGAUCGGCUCAAGAGGGCUUCGGAACCGUCAAGAUCCGUGGCUGCGACUCCAUCGACGACUACGGUUUUGAUGGAGUGCCUUGCCGAGCUCUUCAUCGCUAAUCGCCAGCCUGGCAAGGCCCUGACAUACUUUUUGCGUUUGCGGAGGCCAGGCGUCUUCGACUUUAUUCGAGAACACAAUCUCUUUACGGUCGUGCAGGACCAAGCGCUGCUCCUCGUCGAAUUUGAGGAGGAUGUCAAUGUCAAGCAAGGCCAGAGAAAGUCGGAGAGCAAACACGGGGCAGCGAUCGAGCUUCUAGUCGACCACACCCAUUCCAUUCCGAUCCACCGUGUCGUAUCGCAACUCGAAGCCAAGCCGCGCUACCUUUACAUGUACCUUGACGCGCUCUUCGACCGCGACUCGCAAUUGGUGGCCGACUACGCCGACACGCAGGUCUCGCUAUACGCCGAGUACGAGUACAGCAAGCUGAUGUCCUACCUCCGUGCCAUGUCGAGCUACUAUUCCUUUGAAAAGGCACGCAAAGUGUGCGAAGCCCACGACUACAUUCCGGAGCAGGUCUUUCUGCUUGGCCGGAUUGGCGACAACAAGACGGCACUCAACCUCAUUAUCCAGAGACUGGAAGAUGUCGAAAUGGCGAUCGAAUUUGCAAAGGAACAGAAUGACGAAGAGCUCUGGGACGAUCUGCUCACGUACGCCGAGUCGAGACCCAAGUUCAUCCGGGCCCUGCUUGAGAACGUCGGGGCCGAUCUCCGUGUCGUGGAUCCGGUCAGGCUGAUUAGGCGAAUCAAAGACGGUCUCGAGAUCCCGGGCCUCAAGUCUGCGCUUGGCAAGAUCCUAUACGACUUCCUUCUUCAGAUCUCUUUGCUAGAAGGCUGCCUGGCUAUCAUUGCCCAUGAUGGACAGACUUUCUCGCAGCUUCUCCAGCAGGGCCAGACUGUGGGCCAUUAUCUCGACCCGACCUCUUCAACCUGCGUUGUUUGCUCACUUCGCCUGUUCGACAACGUCGAGCCUGCCCAAAGGUCAUCGUCGGAUCUUGACGAAAAGAAAGGAGACGAGCUGGAGAAGCUGGCCAUCAUGUUUCUCUGUCGGCAUUCUGCACACUUGGGCUGUCUCAUCAGCGCCGCACAGAUUCCAAAGAAGACAGUCCUGACUUCAUCGACCAAGGCAAAGACGAGGGAUGGAACCCCAAUCUUUGACGUCAAGACGACGACAACGUUGGCCUACCAACGCCGAAUGGGCGCUGGAGCUUUUGACCAUGGCGAAGAGGCAGCAGACGAAGCACACGCGCCCGAGUGGCACCGAACCAAGCGACAAGAGGUGGAGUUCUUGCAAAAGAUUGCCUAUGAGAAUCGCCUCAAGGUUGGCAUGGCCAAGACGAAGGGCUGUCCGGUCUGCUUUUCGACGAAGGAGAGGAGGCAGCUCUGA